GUGAUUGUGACAGUAGAGCAUCACCUCAUCUGAAGAAAGAAUUGCUCAGGAUACAUUCUAAGGAAAAAACUUGGAGAGAGCGGCUUUGGAGAAGUGGCAUUGUAAGAUCAUCUCCCAUGUCCCCUCGUAAAUGUCCUGAAUAUGUGGGCACUGAAGAGGAUCCAACAUGCAUUAUUUGCCAACAGUAUCUUUAUCUUUCUUCAAUUGUUUGCCGUUGUAGGCCAUCUGCUUUUGUAUGUUUAGAGCACUGGGAACAUCUUUGCGAGUGCAAGCCCUCGAAACUUCGUCUUCUUUAUCGUCAUACACUAGCAGAAUUGCUUGACUUGGUUUCGAUGGUGGACAAAUAUUGUUAUGAGACACCACAAGAUAAUAGUUUGCAGAAACAAAUUUCGUGUCCCAAGGAACUAUACACUUACAGAAAAAAGGUGAAAGGUGGGCAUGCUACUUUGGCUCAACUUGCAGAAAAAUGGCUUUCACGGUCACGCAAGAUUAUUGAGCAUGCAUUUUCUAGUGAUGAUUAUACCAUUCAACUGGAGGAAGCUGAACAAUUUCUUUGGGCUGGCUCUGAGAUGGAUCCUGUCCGGCAUGUAGUUAAGAAUCUGACUGAAGCAAAAAAAUGGGCGGCAGGCAUAAGAAAUUGUAUUUCAAAAGUUGAAAACUGGUCUUGCAAUUCCUGUGAUUCAGAAAAAGUAUCACUGGAAUAUGUUAAUGAGUUGCUGAUGUGGGAUCCUGUUCCCUGUAAUGAGCCUUUGCAUCUCAAAUUGAAGAAUCAUGCAGAAGAGGCUAGGAAGUUGGUUCAGGCAAUUGAUGGUGCUCUAUUAACCUGUCCCAGCGUUUCUGAGUUGGAAUUACUGUAUACCAAAGCUUGUGGUUUACCAAUAUAUGCGAGUGAAAUAGGAAAACUAUUACAGAAAAUUUCUUCUGCAAAGGUAUGGAUAGAAAGUGCAAAAGAGUGCAUCUUGGACAAACGUCCUGGGGGAGUUGAGUUGGAUGCUCUUUACAAGUUGAAUUUGGAGAUAAUGGAGCUUCAGGUUCAACUCCCAGAAACAGAGAUGAUUCUGGAUUUAUUAAGGCAAGCUGAAUCAUGUCGUGCUAGAUGUAAUGAAAUGUUGAGUGUUUCUAUUAAUUUAAAGGAUGUUGAGCUACUGCUACUGGAACUGGAUGGUUUCACUGUCAACAUACCAGAGUUGAAGCUUCUGAAGCAAUACCACAAUGACACUCUUUCCUGGAUUUCUCGCUUUAAUAACAUUUUGGUGAAUGUCCAUGAACGGGAAGAUCAAGAAAAUGUGGUUGAUGAGUUAAGUUGCCUUAUAAAGGAUGGGACAUCUUUGAGGAUUGCAGUUGAUGAAUUGCCUCUUGUUGAGAUUGAGUUGAAGAAGGCUUCUUGCAGGGAAAAGGCUCAGAAGGCACGUGGUGUGAAAACGUCUUUGGACUUUAUUCAGCAACUGAUUGCUGAGGCUGUAAUCUUACAGAUUGACGGGGAGAAAUUAUUUGUUGAUAUUACUGGAAUGCUGAAGACUGCUAUUGACUGGGAGGAAAGAGCAAGCAAUGCUCUUGCUUGUGAAGCUCAGAUGUUUGACUUUGAGGAUCUCAUGAGGAUGUCGGAAACCAUUGGUGUUUUUCUACCUUCUCUAGAUGCUGUCAAAGAUGCAGUUUCAGUGGCAAAAUCCUGGCUUAAGAAUUCAAAGCCAUUUAUAAUUUCUGCUUCUUCCAUUAUGCCUGCUUCUUCCGUCCAGCUGGAAUUUGAGGCAUUGAAGGAAUUAGUUUCUCAGUCUAAGCUUCUGAGGAUAUCAUUUGAAGAGCGACAAAUACUAGAAAAGGUUUUAAAGAAUUGUGAGGAGUGGGAGCAAAAUGCAUGUUCUCUUCUGCAAGAGGCCAAGUACUUAUUGGACACAGGAAAUGUCAAUGAUGCUACGAACAUUUGUCUUAUUUCAGAAAUUGAAAGUAUGCUUACCCGACUGCAAUCUACUAUGAGAUCUGGUUUAUCCCUUGGUUUCAAUUUUCGUGUAAUUCUAGAACUUCAAAAUGCAUAUGCAAAACUGCAAUGGUGCAAUAAGGUCCUUUCUUUUUGUUCCACUGCUCCUACUCUGGAGGAUGUUGAGACUUUGAUGGAAACUGCUGAGCAUCUAUCUUCUACCACAUUUGGGUGUCCUCUGCUGUGGAGUUCAUUAGUCAAGGGGGUCAAAUGGCUUAAACGAGCAUUAGGGUUAGUUUGUCCUCCAUGUAGUUUUAGAAUAUCCACGUUGAGUGAGGCUGAAGAAGUUCUUGCUGAAUCUAAGAAUAUUGAGAUCUCUUUCCAAGUGGUUAUUUGUCAACUUCAGAAUGCUAUCCAGGAACAUAAGUUAUGGCAAAAUCAAGUGGAUCAGUUUUUCAGUAUGAAGUUUGAAGAGAGGUCUUGGUCUCAGAUAUUGCACAUCAAGGAUUUGAGUCAAUAUGAAGGGCAAUCUAAUUUUCGCACCAAAAUUUUGCAGGAGAUGUGGGAUUCAAACCUACUUAUUCUAAAAGAUGAUAUAUCCAUUAAAUUUCACAUGUGUACUGAGUCAUAUCUCUAUAUUCAGACUCUACCCUUGAGUAAGAUACAACUGUUUAUUUUUUACUUUUCCGUGAUACGAGAUUCGCACAAAUAA